ACCACUUUGUCCCCGACAACUACUUUUCACUCCUUUUUUUUAGAUGUCUUGUGGAUGCCAAGGUCACAGCUUCCAGCUCGCGCUUCAUGCCUCGAUCCCAGGAGGACAAAAUCCGGUUCCAGCUGGAGGCCUUCAUGUUCCAGGGGGGAUCCAGUCCUUCUGUAUGUAUUAUGAGUGUUUGGGAGAACGACCUCUCCCAUUUGCUUUGGUUUGUGACCCCUUACCCGUGGUGUCUCUUGCAGAUCUACAUGACGUGUGUUCUGAAGGCCACUCUUGCUUCUGCACCUAGUGACGCGCUCCACAAAUCCUGUUCCUUUGCCAAUGGGUGGCUUGCUGCUGAUGGGAACCACCAGGUUUGUGGUUGCUGUGACUCCACAUGUGGUCCUGAUGGUGGAACUGCUGCUUCUCCUUUUGGAGGUAGGAAGGUGCUUUUAAGCUUGGUUUUUGACCCUUCAAGCACUUAACUCUGGUGUCUGCUUUUUCUAGGCCUUCAGUGGGAAGGGAAGGCCUCGCUCGGUCCUGUAGUGGUUCAAGAGCACAAGAAGACUUUGGCUGGUCUUCAAUAAAUGUGGGGGAGCAAACUUAUUCUUGCUUCGGUUUUUCUUGUCUAGUUUAACCAAUUGAUUUGAGCGAGGAAGCGGGUAGUCCUACUGUACCUAUUCUCUUGCCAGAAGGAAAGGCUCCCUUUUCGCGUUAGGGAAGUUAAUAACCCUUUUAAAGGGACCUGCUGUGAGCUCCCUUUUGAUGAGUACUGUAAAGGUGGAAUACAUUGCCCAUGAUGCUGUAAAGGGACUGCUGUUAAUUGGCACUUGUGCCAAGAGUUCUGCGUGAACGUCCACUUCCUUGAAGCACUGCAGAUUUUGCGUGCCUCUUAUGCAGUGAACUUGAUUUCUUCGUGUUGGUAACUUCAAAUGAGCAGUUUAAUUUUCUCCUUGCAUCCCCAAAUAGGUUUGCUCAGUUAAAUUUGUUUCCUAAUGCUCCUUGUUGACAUCUCUAAUGCUUUUAAAUCCAUGUACAAUAAAAGCGCACUCCCAGUAUCAACACUGGCACAACA